AAACUGCCCAGCUAUAAAUCCAGCCUCCAGAGCUGGCUUCAGACACCAGCCGGGACAUCUCUGGCCUCGACCCUGUUGCCCCACAGCCAUGGCACUGGUCUGGGCCGUCGUCGUGCUGAGCUCCCUCCCCUUGCUCCUCGCCCAGCCCCAGGACUGUGCCUCCCGCUUGGCAGGGGCCAUCGACAGCAGCACGGUGGGCCAGCUGAAAGGCAAAUGGUACCUGACUGCAUCUGCUGAUACCUCUUCUUCCGGACAGGAACUGAUCUCCCUGAUCCAGGCGGCCUACAUAUUUCUGUACCCCCAUCCAGCCGGGGACAGGAUCACCACAAGGACAUACACGACUGUGGGGUCCAUGUGUGUGCACAGCCCGAAACACCUCUCCAUCCAGACAACCAACACCACCACCUUUUGGACAGAUGGUGGAUUGGUGAACUUACUGCUGCCCCUGACUGACAGCCUGGAGGAGACCUUCCUGCUGGUGUUCUCCCCAGACAGCAAGCAGCACCGUGGCCUCGUUCUCUAUGGUCGGAAGCCCACCGUGAGCAAAGAGCAGCGUGAGGCCCUCCAGGUCCAUUUGAACUGCAUGGACCUCCAGGGACAGGAAAUGUAUUACACCCAGGGCCAGGAUGAAUGCAAGGAGCAGGCAAAGGAAGAUGAGGAUCGGGAGAAGGAGGAAAGAGGGACAACUGAGAGAAACAAGGUGCCCAGAGAGUAGGAUCCUGGGAUUCCCGUGAAGUAACCUUGUGGUCCCUUCAACUGUUCCAAUCAUAUCAAUAAAGCCAGGUCUCUGUCCUGGUCUCAGGUGAG